GGGGGGAAGAGUCGGAAGCACCUCCAACUUCUGUCUCCGCGAGAGAUCUGCUGUGUGGAGCUGGAACAAGGCGGCGCGUAAUUUACGCGUGGGAGCGUUCAGGAUCGUUACGCAGCAGCGAGGUUUCACAAAGAGACGACAACACGAGAGAGAGCUGUUUCAAGAGAGAGAGAGAAAGUUGUUUGCAGAAAGCACAUACAGAAGGAAGCAGGAGGACGAAGAAGAAGAAGAAGAAGCCCAAAAGGAGCGGAGAGAGAGAACAGGUGACCCGGCAGAAGCGACAUGUUUGGCAUGAUCAAGAAUUCGCUCUUCGGAGACACCGAGGAGACCGAGUACAAAGUGCUCAGCAGUGAGACAAAGGACGGGGUCAGCUUCGAGGUGCGGAGGUACGAUGCUGCCAAAUACGCCACGGUCUCCUCUGAGGGGAGAACCUUCGACCAGGUGUCGGGCGAACUGGUGAGGAAGCUGCUCAUGUACAUCGGAGGGAGCAACGAACAAGGUGAGGCCAUGGGCACGGCCGCUCCCAUCAUCAUCACCGUGUACCCCCGCAACGACGGCGUUCUGUCUCGCCGCCUGAUGGUCGGCAUCCGCAUACCCUCCACCUACCAGCAGGGCCCCCCGACCCCCACCGACACCGCCAUCAGGAUCGAGGAGCGGCCCGGCAUGACCGUAUACGCCCUGCAGUUCGGAGGCUUCGCCGGAGAGAGCGAGUACCGAGCGGAGGCGUUACGCUUGACACGCACGCUGGGCGAGACGGCGCCCUUCCAGCGCAAACAGUACUUCUGCUGCAGCUACGACCCGCCGCUCAAGCCUUACGGACGCCGCAACGAGGUGUGGUUUCUACAGGAGGAGCCGUAGGAGGCGUCCAAUCAGAUCUCAUCAUGAAAACCUUUCACCUGAACGACCCCCCCUCACUACUCCGACAGUCCUUUAGCUCUAACAGCAAUAUGGUGAGGUACAGAUUACCCAUGAUGCCUUUGCCCAUCUGAUCACCAGGGCCCAGUUGUUUAAAAGAAGUUUAAUCUGGAUCAGCUAAUCCAGUUCUCUUUGUCCCCCUUUUUAUCAAAGACGAGCUGGAUCAGAUCACAGACUUUUCAAGAUUACCAAAUCCAGGGCCCGGUUUGAAGAAACCCAAACACGGCCGUUUUGGACGCCCCUCGGUUUGUCAGAUAUGAGAGCAGUUAUCAGGUCAACAGGUGUUGCAGCGAUGGAAGCGGUCAAGAGAAGUGGUUCAGAUAGAAGUGAUUGUACCCGACCUAAAAAGCCUCUGCAUGUUUCUAAUAAGCUCCACGAGCAGAAACGUGCUCAAACUAGGAUCAAUAUUGGAGAUGCUUUUGAAAAAUGGAGAGAGGUUAGAACACAGAAAGGUUUACAGACCCAUGCAGUGUGGAUUUUGGCGCCCCCUGUGGACAAAGUCUUUAGUGUGAACUCAACAGGAUUUGGUAAAUCUUGAAAACUCUGUACGUGGAUCAGGAGGGAUUUUAUCCAGUUUUUCUUUGAACAAACAGGGUGAACGUGAGCUGGAUUACCUGAUCCUGCGUAGUAAAUAAGUGGAUUACUGGAUCUGGAUUUUGUUUUUUUAAGAUUAAACUUUUUAAACACCCCGGGCCCCGCUCGUCACAUUCAAACAGUAGCUCCUCUGAGUGCAGCAGCAGCAGCAGCAUCAUCCAAGCAGAGCAAAGAGAUCCUCAGUAACUCAGCGAGUCAUCAAUCAUCUGCAACAAGGUCGUUAAAGACGAGAGAUAAAUUUGACUGGAUCAACAGUGAAGACCAACAGGAGUCGAGCCAUAAAGUAGAGACUCCUCUUUGUCGAUGAGAAGGUGGAGCGCCGUGCUUUGAGACGAUCUCGCUUUCAAUGUCGUGACCUUUGUGUCUACACGUCGUCGAUGUGUGUGUGUGUGUGUGUGUGUGUCGUGACCGUUUCCUGUGUUAGUGCAUGAUAAUAAAAACACAGACUGUGGAGGCAGCUUCUUGUACAGUGUGACUUUGUGUUGAAUUCAGCUUUGAUAGUGUUUCAUAACAUAAUAAAUAUAUGAUUCAGAAACACUGUGA